GCUAGCAAUUGCAAAGCUGCGCCUUUCUUGUCAGUGCUCGAAACUGAGCCAUAGCCGUCACCAUGAAUCCGAGAAUUGAGGAAGUAAGCGAGAGCGAGCCGGAGGAGGAUAGUGAGCCUUCUGAGAUGGACGUCGAUGACUUCCAGUCCCUGAUUCGACCUUCCAACAUCCCCAGCUCGUCGGUCGCUCCCAGCUCAUCCAUGCCCUCGCAGCUGCUCCAGCCCCAGUCGCCCGCCAUCAAGACAUCCACCGACCGCGACCAGUCCAAGCACUACCAAUGUUUGUACCCCAUAUACUUUGACAAGUCGCGCACGAGGGCCGAGGGACGUCGAGUGGGCAUGGAACUCGCAGUCGAGAACCCCCUUGCACGGGAAAUGGCAGAUGCAGCAGCGAACCUGGGCUUGAGAACCGUAUUCGAGCCGGACAAGACGCAUCCCAAGGACUGGGCGAACCCCGGGAGAGUCCGUGUUCUCCUGAAGCAAGACGGCAAGCUGACGGACGAUGACAUCAAGAACAAGCACCAUCUCUACAUCAUCAUAUCACAAUACCUAAAGGCCAACCCAACAUCAAAGACGACGCCAUUCAGAUUGCCCAUUGCAGGCCUGCCAAUGCCAAAGGAGAUGCCAGAGCCCGCCACACCAAAGGGCUGGAAGCUGAAUAAAAUUCUACCUCUACACUCGCCCGCCCUCACUGGAGGUGGUGUCUCAGAGAACUUCUUGCAAGACAUGAUGGCUGAGAUGCAGGGGGAAAUUGGAGGUGCUAGUGGUGCUAGCAGUGGGACAGAAGGCAAAAAGAAGAAGGACAAGAAAAAGAAGUAAGAGAUACGAGG